GAAAGCUUAUAGACUGUAUGGGUAAAGUGCCCUACAUCUUGACCUCUCCCAUCUCUUGGAUGUGAUCUUUGUGCUGCAACCGUUGGUUCAGAUGCAGAAGUUCCUUCCUUUUUCUUGGCUUUGACCCUGCUCGUUUGUGGAGUGACCCACCUUUGUGUCCUGUGGUUCUGGUUGCUGGUAAAGCAUUUAAAAAUUAAAAAAGAAAAAUCGUUUUUUUGGUAAAGCACGUUUUAAUGCCAAUAGACACCACAGGUGUUGGCUGUGUCAGUUUGCUGUAAACAUUUAGUGUGCCUGUCUAUGCUGAUAGAGAUUUAUAAAAGAUAGUUCCUGUUUUCAGGUGGCUUUAGCAUACUGGGGGAGAGGAACAGGAAUAUAACAUUGUGAGAAUACGUGGGUGGGGGGAACACUGAAAAGGAAGGUUUGUUAGGGUAAGUUUUAUUUAGAAAGUUGAAGUGAGCUUGGAAGGAAGAGAGAAGAAAGAAAUGGAGAAGGGAGGAGGAUCACUGAGGCAGGAGUGAGGAAAACAAGGACAAAAUUACAUGUAUAUGUGGGGCAGGGGACGGAUGAACAUUUCUGUUUUGUGUACCAGGUUUGUGUUAGGUUACCUGCUUAUAAGAAUUCAGUUGGUUCUCCUGUGAGAUAGGUUGCAGUAUCUCAAUUUUGCAGAUAAGAAAACAAGCUCAUAGAAGUUAAACGCCUUACUCAAGAUACCAUGCACUGGUUGGCAUCUUGUGUACGCCUGGUCCCCACGGUAGUCCGGCUUAUCCAUUCCCCUUCCUGCAGUUUUUCUCGUUCCUUCAUGGAUUUGAAAGCUCUCAUUUCUUCCUUGAAUGACUUUGCAUCACUCUCUUUUGCUGAGAGUUGGGACAAUGUUGGAUUAUUGGUGGAACCAAGCCCACCACAUACUGUAAACACACUCUUCUUGACCAAUGACUUGACUGAGGAAGUGAUGGAGGAGGCGCUGCAAAAGAAGGCAGAUCUCAUUCUGUCCUACCAUCCUCCUAUUUUCCGACCCAUGAAGCGCAUAACCUGGGAAACCUGGAAGGAGCGCUUGGUGAUCCGGGCUCUAGAGAACAGAGUUGGUAUUUACUCUCCUCACACAGCCUAUGAUGCUGCACCCCAGGGAGUCAACAGCUGGUUGGCUAAAGGACUUGGUUCUUGUACUUUGAGCCCCAUACGUCCUGCCAAAGCUCCCAAAUGCCCCACAGAGGGAACCUACCGAAUAGAAUUCAACAUCAGCCGCACCGAAGACCUGGACAAAGUCAUGUCUGCAGUGAAAGAAAUUGCAGAUGUUUCUGUCACUUCUUUUUCUGCUAGGACUGAUGAUGAGGAACAAACACGGAUCAGUCUGAAUUGUACUGAGAAAGCUUUGCUGCAGGUGGUGGCUUUUCUCUCCCAAAACAAAAAGCUUUAUCAGAAGACUGAAAUUCUGUUACUGGAGAAGCCUCUGCUUCUGUAUACUGGAAUGGGACGGUUAUGUAUACUGGAUGACUCUGUCUCCUUGGCAACCAUGAUUGAGCGAAUCAAGAGACACCUAAAACUAUCUCAUGUUCGCCUAGCUCUUGGGGUAGGGAGGACUCUAGACUCUCAAGUCCAAGUUGUGGCCCUGUGUGCUGGCUCUGGGAGCAGUGUUCUGCAGGGUGUUGUGGCAGACCUUUAUCUCACAGGUGAGAUGUCCCAUCAUGAUAUUCUGGAUGCAACUUCCCAAGGAAUAAAUGUCAUCCUUUGUGAACACAGCAACACUGAACGAGGCUUUCUUUCUGACCUUCGAGAUAUGCUUGGUGCUCAUUUGGAAAAUAAGAUUAAUAUUAUUCUGUCAGAGACAGAUGGAGACCCUGUUCAUGUGGUCUGACACAUUAAUGCAGUCUAUAAAUCAGUUGGAUCCCAAGUCAAAUGUGUAACACGAGUUUACGGAGUUGGUAUCCUGGAGGAAUGUCUUAAGAGUGUGAAUUAUAAUUUCUGGUAUGUUAAUCUGGUUUGUCAAGUGUUCUGUAGUUCAUAAAGUGAAAACUACCAUAUUAAAGAACAAAUAUUUGCUACAAA